UUUCAAAUCCUCACCAUAAAUUUGCUCAGUCAGAUGCCCAGCACUCGGCGAGAAGAGAACCACAUUCGGCGAUGCAAUGGCAAUCUGUCAUGGUGAUCGGACAUUAUUUCCGUCCUUGAGGAUACCGGUUCGUCCAGUCCAUGUGCUCCCUCGUGUAUGUGUUCUGGACCCCCAGACUGUUGGCCGGUCAUUUUACUGUCGAUAAUGAACGGCCAAGGGGGGACCGCUAUGCUAGGAAUUGAAAGGCCACCCGGUGCCCUUCCCAGCAUAUGGAUAGGCCUGUCUUACCAAAUCAAUCCAGGCCAGCCCAUACUCCGAGGGCUAUCUACCUUGAUGUCUAUCAUCAUGUCCUCCUCGUCAGGCAAUGCUACAACCUCCCCGACUGAGAAUGCAGUCCAACCUACUCGUCCUACUCAACGACCCAGCAUAGGCACCAAGCCCGACAGUCUGGGGCAGCUCGAGCUGCAGUACCGAGCCCUUCUGGCCCAGAUGCUUGCCGCCAAUCAAGAAAAGAAGCAACGCAGCCAUCACAUACCAUGCAGAGAAGGUCAACUGAAGAACCACCGGCCUCCAAGAGAGUUGGGACCCAAGCGAAACCACAAUCCUGCAAAGACUGGAUGCUCCAUGCUGGGACGACGGUGUCGAAGACGGACACGACAGGUCACAGUGGCAGGGACGGCCGCCGGGCAUCAACUCGGAAAAGGAGUGGCGCAGACGUCGGGAAAUAUCACGGCGGGGGACGUUCCGACGCGAACUGCUGGCUACUCUGAACAGGCGAAGGAAGGAAGAAAGGGAAAGGGAAAGGAAGGGCCGAGGCUUGGCCUGGACGAUCAACGUCUUUUGAACUUGUGGUAGCUUGUCACACAUUCAGUCACAGCAUUGGGAGAGCGCCUUUAGUAUUUUGCUUCAUCAGAGAGUUCUUGGCCGGAAUGACAACAUCUUCUGUUCUGGUGUGGACUUCUCAUAUGUUCAGGCUGGAAGAAGGGAUGGUUCUGAAGUGGUUACGAACUUGAUGCUCCUUAGCUGAAUCGAUAACUUACUUCCUACUUUUAAUUAACGACGAAUUGACGGUUUCUGCCCGUAAGUUGAAGUGUACUAUGAGUACCUCCGGAGACCCAGGCCCGUACGAUAC